CGCACCCAUGAAAACCAGCCACACUUUAACUCUGCACGUGCCUCAGAGGAAAUCUAAAGGAUUGAUCGCACUUUGAUCGUUGUUUUACUCCGGUAACUUUACCCCAAAUCAGUCUGGAUCUUACUGUGUAUGGACCGGAUAGGUUUUCGUUAUUUCAUCAUCUGAUUCUCGCUGUCGCUGUCCCUCUCAAAAAGGCAACAGGUCGCUGACUGUGACUUUUGCGCUGACGUUGCUGUUCCGGGUUAAAACUAGACGUCGUUGUACGUUGAAGCCGAAGCAGCUACGUUUGGAGCGAGUGUGACCUCAGCAUGUGGGAGGAGCAGCAGCGUGGGAUCCGGGUCACGCAGGCCGAGCUUCUCUGCAAGGAUGGCUGCGGUUUCUACGGCAACUCUGCCUGGCAGGGCUACUGCUCUAAGUGCUGGCGAGAGAGGACCCGCAAAUCUGAAGUGGACGGAAGACGGGAUCAUGGCUCCCAAAGCAUUUCAGGUUCUCCGAUCACAUUCUCCAAGUUUGAGGAUAAGAAAAGUGCAGAGGCCAGCCGACGGACCAGCACCAUGAAGAGGCUCUUCUGGGGGGCUCCAUCUCCCCCCAAACGCCCAGAGGGGUCAGAGGGCCAGUUGGAGGCGCUGCAGGGCUUUGAGACUCUGGAGCCUGGAGAUUUCACCAGCUUCCUGAAGCUGCUGCGGAGUCCCUCCUCCCAGCGUCUACAGUCCAGAUGCUCUGCCUUCCUCAACACUAUGGAGGCCUACCAUGACUUGGAUGUGGAGAAACAGUCAGAUCUGGUUCAGGAGUUUUACCAGAACAUCACUCUUCACUUCAGCAGUCUGUCUGAAGUACAGGUAGUUCAUGUGAUGGAGCACAUGGAGAAGCUGAUCAUGACACGACUACAUAAGUGGGUCUUCUGCCAUGACAGCAGUGAUGAUGAGCAGAGAGACCUGGCACUACAGAGAAGGAUAAAGUCGCUGAAUUGGGUGACCCCUCAGAUGCUGCGUGUGCCAUUCCCUGAUGAAGGCCCUGAUGCCAGUGACCCUUAUCUGCAUGCCAUCACAGCCAUCAUUGAAAUGGAUGCCAAACGUGGGCCUCAGGAUAAGCUCACCUGUGUCUCCAGAUGCUCCCAGAAUGUCUUCCAGGUGCUGGCCUCGUCCAACAGCAAGCCGGCGUGUGCAGAUGACUUCCUGUCGGCCCUGAUCUAUGUUGUGCUGAGUGCCAACCCGCCGCGGCUGCACUCCAACAUGCAGUACAUCAUCCGCUUCGGCCUGCCUCACAGCAUCAGGAGCGGCGAGACGGGCUACUACUUCACCAAUCUGUCAUGCUCAGUGGCCUUCAUAGAGAAGCUGGAUGCAGCGGCAUUGAACCUGAGCCCAGAGGAAUUCCAACACUUUAUGCAGGGCCGCCAGCAACACGCCCGCAACUACGCUGCCAAACCAGCCAUCGGCAGCGUGGCCCCCCAGCCGGCAGAAGACAUAGGCAGGGUGCAGCAGCGGGGGCAAGAGGUGCGCGCGCGGCUUGAGGAUCUGAAAGGCCGGCAGGAGCGCGUGCAGCAGGGGGCACUGUCCCUGCAGGAGCAGCUGCAGCGCUGGGUGCGGGACAUCCACCUGCAGAUGGACCGGGUCUGCACGGCGCAGAGAGACGACCUCACGGCCACCGAAGUGCGCGCUGACGAUGACGAGAAGGACAUCCCAGGCUAUCGAGAGGUGCUGGUGUUUCAGGAGGAGGUGCCAGAUGACGCAUGCAGAAAGGAGACUUCUGACUGUUGAAAUGAGCAGUAGGGGGUGUGUGUUUAGAGAAACGGGUGAAAUCUCUCAACCCUAGUUGGAGAAAUGUCUCUCAGGAGGACAAAUGGAUAUAGCCUGAGACAGAGGUGUGAUUGUUUCCCCUAUAGGGUGGCCCAGAGCAGGUGUCUUAAGAUACUUUACAGACAGAUGAAUAUGAAGUGACGGUACACUCAGAGACAGCAUACUCAGAGCUCUCUUCAGUCAGAUACAAGUUGUAGCCUUUGUUUUCAGCCUGUGCCAUUGUGUUUUAUCAGACCAUACUGUUUACGUUCUCCAAAUUAUGGUUAUUUUUCAGUCAGUGCAGAUAAUUUCUUGUGCACACAUUUACCCACUACUUCGCACACAAUGAGAAAAAUGACUGAGCUUUCUCGCACUUUAAGUCUGUUUUUUUUUAAAAAAACCUUCACCUCACCUGUUGACAUUCCUGGUCUAUUCCUGGAAGCUAUUUUUCCAUGUAUGCCUUACAAUAAUUUUGAAUUUUGAAUUCCUAUUGUUUAUAAAUAACCUUGUUAGGUAAUUUUUCUGUAUAAUAUGUAUACCAAAACAUUUAUUUUAGGGAGACUAUUUAAAGUAUUUAAGCAAAGGUUUACAUGUUGAUUUGCUGGUGAUUGCCAUGACCUCACCCUGGUAGGUUCCCUUCUUGUGAAAGCACUAACUUAACAUAGUCCUUACAGGUUUACAAUUUAAAUCAAGGAAUGGAAGAUCAACACACGGUGACGGAAAUGUGAAUGUGAAUAACGUUAUAAGUGAAUAAAAUGAAAUUGUCAAA